AUGCAUCUCUUCUGUCGUCUGUUUACGGCCUCUGCUAUCGUCUUGUGGAGAAGUGCUGGCUCAACGACCGUUGGUAGUGAUCGGACCAACGAGGCAGCUCGUGCCAUCGCCACCGUUCCUCUCCUUCGCCACGAGGCGAACGCGUCCUUUGCGUCGACGGAACACUUGCAGCCACCCAAUCUUGCAGUAGACGCGACGGGCCACGACCACCCGAGCGACGACAAGUGGGAGGUGAGAAGCAUCCUGUCACGCUUAGCCGAUGGUGUUGACGCGCUUCGUGUAAGAAUGUCGAUCUUCCGGCCAAGAGACGUGGUCGGCAUUCUUGAGAGGCUUGAUUAUCGACCUUUGGGGGAUGCGACGACCAAUGUCAAGAAGCUUAUGGAGUGGUAUCAGCGAAUCGAGAAGCUUCGAGCCAAGGGCUACGCUUUUGAGGACGAUAUGGUUGCCGAGUACCUGUUGAAGAAGAAGCCCGACGGCAACGUGUUGAAGGCCUUCUUACGUCAAGUUCGUGCACAACGCGCAGAGAGGGAAAGUCCCGUGAGCGGCUUGGAAAAAGCGCUGGCUGCAAAAGACCCGAAACUCCUUGGCCAUCUGGCUCGUGUGUGGUUGAAAUCAGGAGUACGACCUGACGAAGUCUAUCAGGUGAUGCCCAUCGCAGCGAUGAGGAGGCUGGAAGAUGGAGUCCGCACAGACGAGGACUGGUUAGCUGUCCGUCGUGGAGUUGAAUCCUGGCUAGACUAUGUCCACGAGUUCAACAGAAAGUAUCCGGUAAGCGUCUACGACCAGGAAGCCGUUGUAGACCACUUGGUGGGUCACAGAGGAAUGGGCGAGGCCAUGGAACUAUUGGAGUCUUUUAAGCCCUUAAACAGGGGCGCUUUUCACCCGAAUGAUUGCAACUAUCCCCGCCAGAUUGUAUCCGAUGCGCUGACCAGCUACAGCGAAACAGAAGUGAGGGCGUUUCGUCGUGACCUCCGAGCCGAUCGAAAUGUUGAGGAUGUUGCUCAGGGGAUAGAGAAGGUGCUGUCUCUUCGCGACGCCAAUCUAAAGAACGAGCGCCAAAGAUGGUUCAGCGAGGGUGACGUCAAGCUUGAGUUCUCGAGAUGUGUCCAACAGAUGCAGGUUACAACGGUGAACCGUUUCCCGGGUGGUGACUCUGGGAAGCUGGAAGAUCCGUGCGACUGCAAUGGGGACAUGUCAAGGAGUUUUGAGGAAACGUGGACGGCACAUUGCGUGUAUACGCAUUUAAGACCGCAAGACGGCCAGGCGAAGCGCGCGGCUCAUGUACUAGAAGCCUUGCCCAUGCUUCACUACUAG